AUGGGCAAUGAUGGCGGAUCCAUCCCCAAGCGCCGCGAGCUGGUCAAGAACGCGGCGCGCGCACCGACAAUUUCCGAACUCAAGGCGACGGCCCUCGAGUCUCUCGCACACGCGUGGGCUCAUUGCGCCCUCAGCGAUGCGCCCCUCGACCUAGACGCAGUGGUUUCAGACUGGCGGGGGAGACUGUACAGCUAUGAAGCCAUUCUCAAGGGGCUGAUGCCGUCCGACGAUCCCAACGAAGUGACACCAGCAUCUCUGGGCAUCCGCUCCCUCCGUGACGUUGCAAAGCUGAAAUUCUCCAAGACGGGCGAUAAGUGGGCUUGCCCAAUCUCUAUGAAGGAAAUGGGACCAGCGACAAAGGCCGUCUACCUGGUGCCGUGCGGCCACGCAUUCGCAGAGGUUGCCAUUACAGAGAUCAAAGAAGAAGCCUGUCCAGAGUGCGGAGAAGCCUUUACCCAAGAGAAUGUGAUAGCCAUCCUCCCGACUGCUGAGAAAGACUUGGACAGAUUACAGAGGCGAAUCGAAGAAUUACAGGCAACCGGCCUCACUCAUACGCUCAAGAAGGGCAAGUCGGACAAGAAGAAGAAGCGAAAGGCCGGAGAUGCGGAAGAGGAGGGAGAUGCUGAGAAGAAGGAAGACAAGGCCAAGAAGAACGACGCCAGCCGAGCAAAGAAGGAAACAGACUCGAGAAUCAAAGGCAUCAACAACUCGAUGGCCGCGACAUUGACCGCUCGAGUGCUGGCAGAACAAGACGAAAGAAACAAGCGCAGGAAGCUGGCCCAGGCGGCUUCAUGA